AUGUCAGUCCUCGUCCUACUGAUCCUACUCUCGCCGGCAUCGAUUUCUGCCGGAGUGCAGACGCUGCAGGCUGCUAACUCUGUCACCGCGAGGUCCGCGAGCCCUUUUUACUAUAACUGCAGCGAGACCGCCGGCCGGUACACGCCGAACAGCACGUUCGGAUCCAACCUGAAGGCCCUUGGUGCGGCCCUCGUCGCCGGCGCCAACGCGACGGCGACCGGCUUCGCCUCCAGGACGGUCGGCGUUCCGCCCGAUUAUGUCUACGGCCUCGUGCUCUGCCUGGCCGAGCACGCCGCCGGGCCGUCCUGCGCCAGCGACCUCGCCGCGGCGUUCCGGUUCGUUACCGGCGAGCUCUGCCCGUCCUACAGGGACGUGACGGUCUACUACGACAAGUACAUGCUCCGGUUCUCCGGCGACGACUUCCUCUCCACCCUCAGCAACGAGCCGGAGUGGUCGAUCUAUAACACGAACAGCGUGCGGGGCGGGCAGGCGGCCGGCUUGCUUGCGGAGAGGGUGAUGGAGCUGAUGGACGCGACGGCGACCUACGCGGCCAGCUCGCCGAGCCGGUACGCCACCGGCGAGGUCGCCGUCGGGCCGCCGGUGCAGGGCGUGGAGAACGUGUACGCGCUGGUGCAGUGCACGCCCGACCUCACCGGAGACCAGUGCCGGAGCUGCAUCGUCAACAGCACCGCCAGGAUACCAAUGUUGUCGGUUGCGUCGUUGCUCAUCACUACCGAAGUUGGCGCGAGGAUUUUUGGGGUACGCUGCACCGCUCGCUACGAGACGACCAUCUUCUUCACAGAAACAAACACCACCAUCAAGCUCCCCAUGGCCAAAAAGUCACGGUUGCAUACGGAGCUAAAACUUUGGGAGAAAGAGAUCAUCAGUGAAUGCGACGCAGGAUUUUCGUUACACAAAUUUGCUGAGAUAAAACAUGCGACGGAUAACUUCUCAUCUAAACUUGGAGAAGGCGGUUUUGGCCCAGUAUUUCAGGCAACAUUAAGUUCAAGGCAAGGUCUACUGGAGUUCAAGAAUGAAAUUAGACUCAUCGCAAAACUCCAGCAUAUAAAUCUUGUCAGACUUCUAGGUUGCUGCAUCGAAAAUAAUGAAAGAAUGCUUGUGUAUGAAUAUAUGCCCAAGAAAAGCUUGGACUCCUCAAUUUUUGGAGCCGGUGAAAAGUUGAGUUGGUAUGUUCGUCGCCGCAUUAUUGAAGGAAUAGCUCAAGGGAUUCUUUAUAUUCAUGAACAAUCAAAUAUGUGUGUUAUCCACAGAGACCUGAAACCCAGUAACAUUCUUCUAGAUAACGAGAUGAACCCAAAAAUUUCUGAUUUUGGGAUUGCAAGGAUCUGUACUUCAAAUAUGACAGAAUCAAAUACAACAACUGUCAUUGGAACAAUUGGUUACAUGGCACCAGAGUACUUCUCCCACAGAACUUAUUCAGCAAAAUCAGACAUUUUUAGCUUUGGUGUGCUGGUUCUGGAGAUCAUAAGUGGAAAAGUAGCCUUUGGAUCCUACCAAAUUGAUGGAAGAUCGCACGAUCUAAGAAGAUACGCUUGGCAACUAUGGAAAGAUGAAAAGUGCGAGGAGCUCGUCGACCCUUCUUUAUCUGAGGAGAAUGAAGGAAUGGAUAUCAUUAGGUGCACACAGGUUGCACUUCUUUGCGUCCAGGAGAGAGCAGAGGAUCGACCCACUAUGCGUGAAGUUAAUGUGAUGCUAAAUAGCAAUAACAUGACACUGUCUCUGCCUACAAAACCAGGUUGUCAUGACACAGCUCCUGAUACCUCAGGGGCAUCGCAGCCAACAGAUAUGAGUAUUACACUGCCCAGAUAG